AUGACAGAGUGUACGAAAAGCGCGGUCAUGCUAGACGGAGAACUUUCUAAAUUCUUCGACAUGGAGCAGGGGGUCCCACAAGGUUGCACGCUGUCCCCAACAUUGUUCCAGGUGUUCAUCAACGAUCUGUUGGAAGUCGUAGAGGCAGUCCGGAAGGGAGUAAAAGUAGGGGACACGGAAACGUCGGUUUCAGGAAUGCUGUUUGCGGAUGAUUUUGUCGGUAUGUCGGACACCCCUGAGGGACUGCAACUGCAAAUUGACGCGGCGAAGAAGUUUACUGAUAAGUGGAGAUUGUCUGCCAACGUUAAGAAGAGUGCCGUCAUGGUAUGCAACGAGAACAAGGAGGAACCAGUAGAACAUAGAUGGAAGUGGGGGAUCGAGGAGAUUGCAGUUGUUGUUUUUGUCUUCACAUUAAAAACCGUUCCGAUCUCUCUCUUCCCAGUGCCUUCGUAUGUCCGUACUGAUACAACACUCGACGCGGUCGAUUCCCGUGGUACACUCAAAUAA